CAUUCGUAUCGUGUGUGUGUGUGUAUGUACACUUUGGUUGACGUAUGCACGAAAUGCAGAUAGUAUAUACAUAAUAUAUGAGCACAUAUAAAAAUUUGCAUGCGUAACGUUAACGUGGAUCAGCAUAAAUGUUUGAAAAAUGUUGGAGAAUUGUAAUCUACCGCGAUUAAAGUAUAGUUUUGGUGCAACAGCUACAACGGUUCGUAGGUUAAACUCGCAAUCAGUUUCAGUGCGUUGACAAUUCAUCGUACAACUGUACUUUCUCUAAAAUAAUAGUUCUGCAAUCGACAUCAAUAGCUAAACUACAAGAUGCUGCUGCGAAGAUUAUAUCGUGUUACAAACUCCAGUAGAAUUCUUCAAAGAGCAGUUCAAUAUAAAAAUACUUAUCCAGCACGUAAGACGGGAGAUAGUAUGCAAAUUAUCAGGAAGAUAACAAUAAUGUCGCCAUUCACUGUAAUGGGAAUAGGGAUUGUGAAAAACAACGACGAGGACAAAGCCCAAGUUACAACAGAAGAACUUCUUACUAAAGCAGAUACGCUUUUUGAUCGGGGAGAUUAUAGAAGUUUAUACGAUCUUUUGUCAAGAUAUAAGGAUAAUAAGGAUGUUGAAAUCUUGUGGCGUUUAAGUAGAGCUAUUUAUAAAAUGUUUGAAAUGGCUAGUGACAUUGAAGCACGAAAGUUAACUUAUGAAGGAUACGAUGUGUUACGUACGGCUCUUGACAUUCAAGAAGAUCACUAUGCAGUACACAAAUGGAUGUCUGCGUUUCUUCAUUAUAAGAGUCUCCUGGAAGGUACAAAAGCACAAAUAAAAGAAUCGUACAAUAUCAAGAAACAUAUCCUGAGAGCGUUGGAAUUAAAACCUGAUGACGCAAUGCUGUUUUACCAGCUCGGAUGCUGGUGCUACGAGGUUUCGAAUUUGACAUGGUAUCAACGAAAAUUAGCAUCCUUCAUAUUUGGGGAACCACCAACUUCGUCCUUUGAAGAAGCGUUGAUGUAUUACGAGAAAGCCGAGAAGGCUGAUCCAAAUUUUUACAGUCGCAAUUUACUAAUGUUAGGAAAGACAUAUUUGAAAUUGAAUCGUAAGGAAGAUGCGAAAAAGUAUUUGAAAAAAGCAGCUGAAUUUCCGGCGAGGGAUGACGAAGAUCAGAAGGCAAGGCAGGAAGCACAAAAAAUAUUAAAUAGUAUGUAAAGACGAUGCGGAUAAAUAUCUUUAUAAACUACAUUCUCUUAUGUGAGAUAAAAUUAUAUAUUUGAUUGUUUUAACAUUUUUGUUAUUUAAGAAAUAAUUUUAGCAUAAUAUUGCGAUACUAUAAUGUUAAAAUGCUACCAUGACAGUAAUAAUAUAAUUGACAUAUUUAUCCAUAUGUACUGUAUUCAUAUAUACAUU